GGUAGCGCACGUGAAUCCCGCGGGGAAAACACGCGCCAAAUGAACCUCAGUGAUCCGGGAUAACGCGUCCAGCCGCCGCCAUGAACGAUAAAUAUCACCAGGCGGCUCGCGACGGAUACCUGGAGCUGCUGAAAGAGGCGACGCGUAAAGAUCUCAACGCUCCGGAUGAUGACGGAAUGACGCCGACGCUCUGGGCCGCUCACCACGGUAACCUGGACGCGCUGAGACUGGUGGUGGGGAGAGGAGGAGAUCCAGAUAAAUGUGAUAUUUGGGGAAAUACUCCUCUUCAUCUGGCUGCAGCUAAUGGCCAUUUAAACUGCCUGUCAUUUCUGGUGUCGUUCGGCGCAAACGUCUGGUGCUUGGACAAUGACUACCACACGCCGCUCGACAUGGCGGCCACCAGAGGACACAUGGAAUGCGUGAGAUACCUGGACUCCAUCGCCGCCAAGCAGAUCACCAUCAACCCCAAGCUGGUGAGCAAACUGAAGGACCGUGGCUUUCGUAACGCCGAGAAACGCAUCAGGAACUGUGAGAAGCUUCAGCGCAGACAUCACGAGCGCAUGGAGAAACGCUUCUUGAGAGAGACGGCUGCGACCGACACGUUAGACACCAUGAGCUACAGCAGUUUUGGCAGCACGUUGAGCCGCAAGAUCCCCCAGUUCAACAACCUUGACCCCAAUAUGACGUACUCACAGGCAACGCUUCAGUCCACAGCUAGAGGCAAAACCAAGAUUCAGCGGCGUCUCGAUAAGAAGAAACACGGAGACGGAACGUUUAAGAUUUCUGAGGAUGGCCGAAGAAGCAUUCGCUCGCUCUCUGGUCUUCAGCUGGGCAAUGAUGUGAUGUUUCUAAAGCAGGGUACAUACGCUGGGCCAAGACAACAGUCAAACCCACGACUCAACAUCCGUAACGUGUUUUCAGGUAAACAGGACAUGAGGGUGGAUGAAGAGGAUGAAGACACUGUUUCUCGGGCGAUCAGUGACCCCGGCCUGUAUGACGCCGCAUACUCUGAAAUUAGCACAGACUCGGGUCGGGACUCUCUGUUUAACCGGCCAGGACUCGGCACCAUGGUAUUCCGCCGGAAUUAUGUGACUGAUGGGCUGUUUCGCAUGGGUCGGGAUGAGGGCAGCGUGGCUGGGAGUGAGCCGGUGGGACGGGCACCAAAUGUCAGAUUACGUGGAAGAUUACCAAUGCGAUCACCCAGCCUAGAUGAAGUCAGCGUUGACAGCUCAUUGGGUCUCCAAGAGAGGAACUUACAGGAUUUGCCAUGGGAAGAAGGAGACCUGGGUCUGGAAGAGGAGGAUGAUGAGCAGCAACCUUCAUCAGCUCCUUUGGAAGUCUUCCUAGCGUCUCAGGGUUUGACCGACUUCAUCUCCAUCUUUAAUCGGGAGCAAAUGGACUUGGACGCGUUGCUCCUUUGUUCAGAGCAGGAUCUCAUCAGCAUCCACAUUCCUCUGGGACCUCGCAAAAAACUACUGGAAUCCUGCAGCAGACGCAACCGUGUGCUGGACGGAGAUGAAGACAUGCAGGACACUGUGCUGUGAACCACUGAAUGAAUGUCUCUGUGUAUGUUAUACAGAAUCUACUGCCUGCUGUCUACAAUGAAACAUAUUUGCAAUUGAUUCAUUUGCCAUAUUUUAUGAUUUUCUAACAGUGCAAUGUAUUCUGGGAUUACCUUCACCUUAAAAGAUGCAACCUUUUUUUUUUUGCAAACGUUUUCGAACUGUCUGCGUAGGCAGCUUAAUAAGUUUGGGAACAGAGUCGUUGCACAUGUCUGUUUCACUGUACACACAAUCAUUCAUUGAACUGUAAGGUCAAUAUACAUGAUAAUUGCGCCCCCCUGUGGCGAGGAGGAAAACUACAGCUUCAGCCGUGCUGUAUAACACAAUCAGAGAUUUUCUGCUUGGAGAAUGAAGUCAACUAUGCACAUGAUUGUUGAUUUAAUGGUUUCAAUGUACGAUUCACACAAAAUGUUCAUCAUUUCUCAAAAGAUUGUAAAUACUAAAAAAAAAAAAUAUUUUUAAAUGUAUUCUGUCUUAUUUGGGAUUGUACAUUUUUGGUGUAUUUAUGGAGUUUUGAAAUCCAGCCAAAAGUCAUUGCAGGUAUUGUUGUGGCAAAGUUAUGCAGGAAAUUCAUUAAUUCAACUUGUGCACAACAUAAGAGUCCAGAAUUCAGAUGAUGUUUAUGUUGAUAUGAUCAUGCAUUAUAUAAAAGUCAUACAGUUAUAGUUGUGUCACCUGAUCAGAUGUUUGUAUAGUUGAAUUAUUAAUGUACAGUUCAGUGUGUGAUAUAUCAAUGACCGGAUCCAUUAGUAAUGGAUUAUUUGUUCCUCUGCUGAUUUAUGGGACCGUGCUGCAUGUUUUAGUGUCAGACACAUUUGAAAGGUGAUAUAACUCUUGUUACUUUAUCUGUCUGUCCAGGACACUCACAUAUAAGCGCAUACACUCAUUCAUUCAUGACUAACUUCUCUCUAUACUAUAGGUUUAAGUAUUUAUCAGUCUUAGCUUUCUCUUAAAGGUGCAGUGUGUAAAUUUUAGCGACAUCAAGUGAUGAGGUUGCAAAUUGCAACCAGCGGCUCAGUCCACUGCUCACCCCUCACUUUUGAAAUGCAUAGAGAAGCUACGGUAGCCGCCACCAGAAAAACAUGUAAUUGUCGGAGACAACUUAGUAAAAAAGUUUGUCCAUUAAGGGCUUCUGUAGAAACAUGGUGGCACAAAAUGGUGACUUCCAGUGUAUGUAGAUAAAAACGUCUCAUUCUAAGGUAAUAAAACAACAUGAUCUCACAAAGUUCCGUGGGAUAGUCACGGAAUUUUUUUCUCAAUUUUUCCGUGGCAUUCUCAUGGAUUGGUUACUCAACUGCUUUUUCCUAUUUUCAAACCAUUGUCCCUUCGGUUUAGGGUUAGAUUUGGUGUUUGCAUUAAUAUGUCACUUUAAGAAUUUGUUUAUACUAUUUUGUUUUUUAUGUAUUCUUUUAUAUUUUCUAAACUUUAAUCAAUUGUUGCCUGGUGUUGGGGUUAGAGUUGGGUUUGGGUAGGGAUGUCAUUUUAUGUAAAUCUAACCCUAAACCGAAGCGACAAUGGUAAGAAAAUAGGACAAAACAGUUGAGUAACCAAUCCGUGAGAAUGCCACGGAAAAGAAAGUCCGUGGCAGGGCCACGGAAAUAUGCGGAGAUCCGUGAGAAUGCCACGGAAAAAUGAGCAAAAAAUUCCGUGACUAUGCCACGGAAAUUCGUGAGAUCAGGUUGUAAAAAAAACAUAAUGGUUCAUUAUAAAAGGGUCUUUAUAAAUAAUAUAGUUUUGUAUAUUAUUUUGCAUUUUUGUCAAGAGAUCUUUCAAAAAAUUACACACUGCACCUUUAAAUUUCUUGCCUUUGGGAACAAAAUCAAUCUAAACGAGUUUUAUUUCAUUUUCUCUUCACUUUUCUUAUUUCUUCUCAUCUUUUCUUUUAAUGUUUUAAAAGAUAUUAUACUUGUUAAGAUUGUCCCUAAUUUUAUUCUUGUGGGUCCAGGUCACAUUUUACCUUAACUAUCAUGAUGUACAAGUACUGCCAUUUAAAUAACAUGAUGUCAUGUUUUGCAUACAGUAAUGAGAAUUAAGGUUUUUAUGCUUCAUUUUCUUAUUUUAACAUUGAAAUGUGACUUCGGCACUUAUACAUUUUAAGGAUCGCCAAAUGCCAAUGUAUUCAGUGACAAAUUGUGAAUAGCUGUGAUAAAAUGUUAAUAAAGUAUAGUUGAGUACAAUA